CUGUAAAGGACUACAAAUUCUAUGAUAUAACAGACAAUGGACUUGGACAUAAAGGUGGAGGUGGAGAUGGAGAUGGAGGGAAUAAGCAAAGUGCAAAGACUAUGCGAUGCCUGUAACCACGUAUUUGCACAAAAGGAAUUGCCUACUUUUCUACAAAUUCAGUCACUCAAAAAUCUCUUGGAUACUUUUGAAGCGGCUGAUGUGGGCAUUGAUGAAUUCAGCUUGCCUGGAUCUCCAUCUUCAAGCCCGGAAGGGAUGAAGGAGUUGAUUUGUGGGCAAGGAGUACCUGAAAUCACUUACAUUCACAUCCAUGAAUGUGACAGUUUCUCUAUUGGGAUAUUUUGCUUUCCGGCUGGAGCGAUGUUUCCCCUUCAUGAUCAUCCCGGAAUGACAGUUCUCAGCAAGCUCCUCUAUGGAUCUGUAUAUGUCAAGGCCUAUGACUGGGUGAAGCUGGAAAAUUCUAGCAGCCGGACAAUUAGACUAGCAAGGAAUGUAGUGGAUGGAAUUCUAAGGGCACCAUGCGAGCCAUCCAUCCUAUUUCCAAAAAGUGGAGGAAACAUUCAUUCAUUCGCUGCAUUGACACCCUGUGCUAUCUUGGAUGUGUUGUCCCCUCCUUACUCUGAAGAUGAUGGGAGACCUUCCACUUACUUCUCAGAAUUUCCCAUUCCUGCUCUUCCUGGUUAUGCUAUGCUCGAGGAGAGAGAACUUCCAGAUGACCUAGUUGUUAUAGGAGCACCAUAUCUUGGCCCUCCUCUAUCGUUACCAGAGUUGUAGAAAUAAUAGAAUACAAACUCAAAAGCAUGUAUGCAGAGAAAUUAUAGAAUACUUCUCCAGUGUCAUGCUCUCUUGCUCACAAAGUAUGGGUUCUUCAUAAAAUAAGGAAAGUAAACCCACAUAAUUAUUAAUCAAAAACAUAUGUACACAGAGAAUACUGGAGUAUACUGAGAGAAUACUGGAGUGCUAUUGAAUAAUCUCUCCAUGUAUAUAUAUACAUAUAUAUAUAGAGGUUUUGUGCAUAGAA